UAAAUAUACAGUUGGGUUUAUCUCUUCUCCAUAUACUUCACUACUAAACUUCGCUCACGUAUACUAAAUCAGUAAAUUUACUAUCUCUUCUCCGUACGCACCAUGUGCACAUUAGAGAAGCGCGGAGAUCUCUUUCUCCUAACCUUAACCGGCGACGACGAGCACAGAUUCCACCCCGACACGAUCUCUUCCGUUCUCUCGCUUCUCGAACAAGCCAAAUCUCAAUCCACUCGUGGUUCCGUCCUCAUCACCACAGCUCACGGAAAAUUCUUUUCUAACGGCUUUGACCUCGCCUGGGCCCAAGCCGCUGGAUCCCAAACCGGCGCAGUAAACCGGAUGCACCAAAUGGUCGAAUCCUUCAAACCUGUGAUAGGAGCACUCUUCGAUCUUCCCAUGCCGACGAUUGCCGCCUUAAACGGGCACGCUGCCGCCUCCGGGCUGAUGUUCGCGUUGAGCCAUGACUACGUUUUCAUGAGGAACGACCGUGGUGUUUUGUACAUGAGCGAAGUGGAUCUUGGGCUGCCGUUACCAGACUACUUUGCGGCAAUGUUCGCGGCCAAGAUCGGGACGAGUAUUGCGAGGAGGGAGCUGUUGCUGAGCGGGAAGAAGAUCAAAGGAGAGGAAGCGGUGGCUUUGGGGAUCGUUGACUCCGCGGCGCAUGAUAGUGUGGAAGGUGUGGUGGACGCUACGGUGAGCCUUGGACAGAGUUUGGCGGCUAAGAAAUGGAACGGUGAAGUUUAUGCGUCAAUCAGAAAGAGUUUGUAUCCGGGCCUUUGUGCGAUGCUUAGUUUAACGGCCAAGAUCGCUGCGAGUCCUUAAAUCUUUAGCGUCUUCUUAAUUAAGCGGCAACUUUUUGUAAAAUGUAUUACAACAUAUACUUUACAAAAAUGAUAAGAAAAAUGUAACACUUAUGUUUUUAUAGUAUUUCUGCUGCUGAAAAGGGUGGACGGCAGUCAAUAUAAGAGAAUCUGGCACCGUUUAAUAUUUUA